AUGCUAAAAGGUGAACAAACUACACUUGUCAUAAAUGGGAUUGAAACAGAAAAAAUAAACAUAACAAGAGGUGUGAGACAAGGAAGUGCAAUAUCACCAUUGUUAUUUAAUAUAUAUAUAGAUGAUAUAGAAAAGGAAAAUAAUGACAUCAAUAUAGAACUCCUCCCCAAUCACCAAUUAAAAUCAAAAAUCAAUUUUCAAUAUGCGGAUGAUGCAGCUUUUGUAAUAGAAGAUUGAAAAGACAUUGAAAACAUUUUAAAUAAACUUGAUAAAUGAUCAAAAGAUAAUGAUAUGAACUUGAAUAUAGGACCGGAAAAAACAGCAAUAAUGCCAAUCAUAACAAAAAAUAGGAAAAAUAUUAUAAGUAAACUACCUAAAAUAUCAUACCAAAAUCAUGAAAUACCAGUUGUUGAAAAAUAUAAAUAUUUAGGCAAAAUAAUGAAUGGAAAUAUAAGAGGUACAGGAUUCGACCAAGCGCAUUAUAAAUACCUCAAAGAUAAAAGCAAAAUAUCUACUUGCUCUCUAAUCCCUAUGAUUAGAAGAAUGCUUAACAUCCCAAGUAAAACUCUUAUAAGCUGCUUCAAAGCAAUAUUCUUACCAAGAUGCACAUAUGGUCUUGAAAUAUGCUCAAGAAUUAAAUGCAAAACUGCAAUUAAACAAAUUCAAAGAUCAUUCAAUAAGAUUAUAAGAGAAUGUUGCCAUGUUUAUGACAAAACACCUAUUGAACCCAUAUUACUUGAUUUAAAUAUUCCAACAAUACAACAAUAUAUUGACCAAAAAUCAUUGAUAUUUUUACAAAAAAUUUUUGAAUUAACACAUAUAUCUGAGAUUGCAACCCAUUUCCUAAGAAAUUUCGAUAAUACAAUUACACCGACAAUGAAAAUCUACCAAGAGUUGCUUCAAAAAUAUAAUUUUACAAAACCAUUCGAUUUUAAUAACAACAUGAUUAGCUGAAAUGACAAAAAUUGAAAAGGAAAUGUCAAAGAUAAACUCAAAAUCUAUUGAAGAAACAAAAACAUGAGCAUAAUAAAUAAAAAAGUAACAUUAAAGAUGUUUAAAGAAUUAAGGAAUCAAACUUUUACCACGAAUAAACUCCCAAAAUUCUGAAUACUGAAUAAAAACCUAAUUACUGAAACAAGAAUAAAGGCUGCUUGAAGAUAUGGUGCUGGUCCAUCUAAAGUAUUAGUUCUAUUGAGAAACAGAAAUAAUCAAGAUAACACUUCGAAUUUAUGUGAAUUAUGUAAAGUCAAGGAAACAGAUAAACAUAUUCUUAACGAAUGCAUAAAAUAUAAAAACGAAAGAAUCAAAUUUAUACAAAGAUUACAAGAUAUGAUAGGCAGAUAUAUUAACAAUACAAGCAUAUACAAUUGACUUAUUUCAGAUGUUACAGAAUUAAAAUUUUUAGAAGAAUUAGGUGAAGAAAAAUGAGAAAAGAUUGACUUUUUAACAAAGAUCACACUAAGAAGUAUUGAUGAUAAAUUGCGAACUAGCAGAGAAAACAGCAAACAUAAGCAUUUCUUUGAAAUCCAAAAUAUUGAAGAUGACCUCAAAAAAGAAAACAUAUCUAUUCAUGAUUUAAAUUUUUGAAGACUCGUUAAAAGUAUAAGGCGUUUGAAAUAG